UGCGGAGCUGGGGGAGAGGGGACGUGUGUGGCUGCAGUAGCAGGCGAGGAGGUGGGUUUUUUCUCGAGGGCGUCGGGUUUUGAACAGAAUCAGGACAUCCUCUGAGUUGGGAUUUUAAACGGUUCCACCGUUUGUUGCGUGGAGAACAGACAUGCAGGGGUGUCGGCAUGAAGGGAAGACCCGACUGCCACAGUCUGGGCAGCAGUGGAGGUGAGCGGCCAGGUGAAUUCUGGUGCAUCUGCGGAUGCAUCAGGUGUGGGCUGUUUGAAGAACGAACUGCUCCAUGUUGUUCAGCCUGAGCGCCUGGAAGAAGGGAGCUGCCGUAGACAGAAAGGAGAAUUGAAGGGAAAGCAGGUUUCCUUCAGGGGAAAGCUCAGGAGUCUGGGAUGUUCCAGGUUGGUCAUGUCACUGGACCUGACGUUGUUGGUGUCCUGGGCUGAGGACAGGGCCUAUGAACUGGACUGAGGAAGGUGAUGAACCGAUGAGCAGUCAGGCCUGGGCAGUUACAGCUUGAGGGAUCUGAUGGCCUUCGAGGAUGUGGCUGUGUACUUCUCCCAGGAGGAGUGGGGGCUCCUGGACACAGCGCAAAGGGCCCUGUACCGCCACGUGAUGCUGGAAAACUUCACACUUGUGACCUCACUUGGACUCUCCACCUCCCGACCUCAUGUGGUCAUCCAGCUUGAGCGUGGCGAGGAGCCCUGGGUUCCCAGUGGAAAGGACAUGACCCUGGCCAGGAACACCUACAGGAGGCUCAAUGCUGGUUCCUGGAGUUUGGCAGAGGAUGGAGAUGUUUCUAGAGAAUGUCCACCAGCUUUCCCAGAUACCCCACCUGGGAUGACUACUAGCGUCUUCCCAGUUGCCGGUGCCUGCCACAGUGUAAAAAGCCUGCAGCGACAACGGGGUGCCUCCCCAUCUCGGGAGAGAAAACCCACAGGGGUGUCAGUGAUCUACUGGGAGAGACUCCUGCUCGGCUCGGGCAGUGACCAGGCCAGCAUCAGCCUGCAACUGACCUCACCACUCAGGGCCCCCAAGAGCAGCCGGCCCAGGGAAAAGACCCUCACAGAGCACCCGGUGCCUGGGAGGCGGCCCAGGACGCCUGAGCGGCAGAAGCCAUGUGCACAGGAGGUCCCUGGGAGAGCCUUUGGGAAUGCCCCGGACCUGAAGGCCGCCAGUGGUGGGGGGGAUCGCAGAAUGGGUCCGACUUGGCAGGAGCCUCAGAGACUCCUCGGUGGC